AUGAACUAUGACGAGGUAAAUCAUAAUGCUAACCAGAUGGUUAUUUUCAACCUCCUAGCUGCCGGUCCUUACUCCCAAGCUAUCCGCGCCAACGGCCAAAUCUUCGUCUCGGGCCAAAUCCCCGCGGACUCGACGGGCGCCCUGGUCCAAGGCACCAUCGGUGAAUUGACCCAAGCGUGCUGCAACAACAUCGAUGCGAUCCUCAAGGCCGCCGGGUCGGAGGUGUCCAAGAUCGUCAAGGUCAAUGUGUUUCUGACGGACAUGGCCAAUUUCGCCGAGAUGAAUGCGACGUAUGAGAAGUUCUUUGUGCAUAAGCCGGCGAGGAGCUGUGUCGCGGUGCAUCAGUUGCCGAAGGGGGUUUUGGUCGAGAUUGAGUGUAUUGCGUUGGAGUAG